UUCUUCGAGAGAUAAUUACUCACUUCGAGGCCCGCAUCUCAGACUUCCCAUGCUAUUUGCCACACCGUUCUACUUACAAAUUGACCGAUUAAAGCUCACUGAAUAUAUUAGGCCAUAAAUUACGAGGCACGCGGAUAUUCGAGUGCGAAAUAUAUGCAAACAAAGCGCCGUCUAAUCGCUCAGCAUAAUUAGCAACAAUAAGUGAAGCAAAAGCGCCGACAACCAGUCGCCGAUUUUUGGAGGUCUAGGUAAGACUAUAUAAUGCCCAUGGGACUGGCUAGAUGUCACAGUAGAAAGGAGACACUGGAAAAAUGUCAGAGAUCCCAGCUAAAGCCACUCUCUUUCUUUACAUAGCCAUCCUGGGAGUUACUCUUGGGAGUGGCAUGCCCCUGGAGGACAUGGACUUCCAGGAAAUGAUUGACUUAACCGAUGUGAGUGAUAUAAUUUUUGGAAAUCCGGAUAUGGAGACCACCGGCGCUUUGGUGGAGGCCCACAACGAAGAAUCCCCGCAGAACCCUGAGGAACUGGGCACCUACUACGAGGGUGAUAUACUUAUUCCGCUGAGCUACCGAGAGGGCAGAUCGAAUGGAACCCGGAAUGGCAUUCUGGCGCUCAGUUCCCGCUGGCCGGGCGGUGUUGUUCCCUACGAGAUCAAAGGACCUUUCACCAGCCAGGAGCUGGGCAACAUCAAUCAUGCUUUCAAGGAAUACCACACAAAGACCUGCAUUCGUUUCAAGCCCCGAACCACCGAAAAGGAUUACAUUUCCAUAGGAAGCAGCAAAUCCGGCUGCUGGAGCAGCAUCGGCCGCCUGGGUGGCCGCCAGGAAGUGAAUCUCCAGUCCCCCAACUGUCUACGAACCUAUGGAACUCCCAUUCACGAACUGAUGCACGCUCUCGGAUUCUUCCAUGAGCAGAAUCGCCACGAGCGUGACUCCUAUGUCCGGGUGAUGAACGACAACAUCAAGCCCGAGAUGAUGGCCAACUUCGAGAAGGCCAGUUCCAGGACUCAGUCUGGAUUCGGGGUGGACUACGACUAUGCCAGUGUAAUGCACUACUCGGCCACGAGCUUCUCCCGGAAUGGUCAGCCCACUUUGAAGGCCCUUCGUGCCAGCUCCGAUGCCAGCCAGAUGGGUCAGCGCCGUGGAUUCUCCGCCGGCGAUGUCCGGAAAAUCAACUUGAUGUACAAGUGCAAGAAAUAGAAGGGAUCGGUCGAAUUAUUCUAUCUAGACUAUGAGUCUGGUAUCUAUCAGUCUAUCAGUAUUUCUAUUCUUUCUUC